UAUACUUUGAACAGUUUGUGGUCCAUUUGGUACUGUACUCUAGUGAUGGCACUUCAGAUCUAUAUAAUAGCCAACUCAAUAAAACGAUUCACUAUCUACCUGUCCCUUCCCUGGCCCAAUGGUCAGCCACCCUUUUCAUCUCUCAAUGCUUAUGUUGUAUUCAUCGGAACGGGUGUAGUAAUGCUACCAUUUUUUGUGGUGUUGGCAAUGAUGAAAGUCGGCAAUUAUCCCAAUGAUGGCCAUAAACUUGGAAAUCAAAGCAAAACUUAUGACACUUCUGUCAAUAAUAUAUAUCAAAAUCUGAAUACAAUGAAUACAUCCGCUAAAGAAAUACGAAGAAAGAAAAGGUUUCACUCAUUGCGAGUAAUUUGGAGGCAUUGCCUACCAAUGGCUCCGUUUAUGCAUUUGUUGGCAUCACUUUGUUUUCUAAUACCACGGGUCCUAAUGGAAGCACAACUCAUAAAACAUGGAUUUCUUGGAAGAGGUGAUAUCUGGAAAACCGAAAUGGAUUUUGUUUUAAACCGUUUGGAAGACAAGAGGAUUCCGGCGCUUAGUUUUCUCAAUACAAUUACAGACUCCGAGAGAAGUCAACUUAAUUUAGAAAGUUUUACUGUAAAUACUUAUUUGACAAAACAGUCGUCAAAUAAUUUUGGCAAACAAUAUGAGGUUCGCAUUGAAGAGUCGGGUGUAUUGUCGGUAGAGUUAAUCAACUUUGCGGUCGCACUCUUCAUAAUAGCCGUUCGCUAUCCUUCAGUCUUCUGGCGAAUUCAUAAAGGCUUUGGUUUUCUAUUUUCCGUUCAAAUUGUUAUUAAUUUAGUUCAAAGUCUGUUAAUGUAUUCAGCAUUUCAAGUGGCGUUCAAAGUAUUAGUUUGUGAUCCAUCUCUGGUUUUGGUGCGCUUUAAGCCGUCAUCGAGUGUCACACCAUUAAAACUAUGCUUUGUAUUCAUAUCAUACAUCAUCCUAUUGACGAUAUCAGGCUUUCCCUUAUAUAUGUAUGGAUUAUUCAAAUAUCGUGAAUGGCGUUCCUCUCAAAACCGUAGACUUCACGUCACACUCAAACAUAAUAGACUACCGAUGUGUGGAUAUUUGGCUCAUUUUUAUGCCUUCAUUGCACUCAUUGUAUUAGCCAUAUGUGUAUCUCCACUAUUGUAUCAAUUUGUGGUCAUAUAUUGUGGAAGUCUCGACUCAUCACUACUUAUAUCAAUCAUAUCGACGGCAAUUCAUUUAUUUUCAUGGGUUAUACUUUGGCUAAUUCUAACUAUUAAAAGCAAAUGGCAUUUCAAUAUUACAUUUGAUUGCAUUGACUAUCAGAAUAGAUUUAAUUACAAUUAUAAGUCAAUACCUCAACAAAGAGGUGAAACACCUCUUUUAGUCAUUGAAAAUGGAAAGACUUAUCAAAUUCGUGAAAUGGCAUCCAAACAGGCGAUACUAGGAAUGGCACACAAAUCAUAUAUGGCUCAUAAAACCGUUUCUCCUACAGAGGAGGAAGACAUAUAUUGGCUCAGACCUAAGCUUUCAACUCCUAAUAAAACACUUAGCAAAGAAUCUCCAGAAGAUGACAACUCUAUUACUUGGAUUAAAAGCGAUAAGAAAUCUAAUAUAAAUAGAAGUAAUAGUAAAAAGUCUUUCGAUGAAAAUGCUGGAAAUGGCACUAAUGGUAGUCGAGGAAAGAGAAAACUAAAUAAAAAAUCUCCGAAAAGUACAUUGAAAUCAAAGAAAAACAAAAACUCAGAAAUUGCUAUUGAAUUGGAGGAUCACAUGUCUGACAACUCGGAUGGAGAAUAUGCGACACUUCGCAAGAUUAUCAACAAUCAAAUUGAAAGCACAGACCUAACACACCUGAACUUGUGUCCACUAAAAAAUGAAAUGAUAAAUAUGCCUAAUAUGCCGAUUCAGAUGACAACAAAUCCGGCACAUCUUGAAGGAGAGUAUGAGAUAUUGGUUGAGAAGACCUACUCGACAUCACAACAGGCGUGUAAUACAAAUCUUCAUUUAAUGAAUCAAAUAAACAACGAAAUUACUGUUUAUCCGAAUGGUCUGAACUCGGUUUCUGGACCUCUAACUGUUGCCCCGCAUAUUGGCAGAGAUGAUCAUAAUACCGAUCAGUUGACUCCUCGGUCGGGAUCUAUUAGUGAGACAUCGACCUCACCAGAGAAGGCAAGUGACACGUCUAGCGGUGUUCACUCAAACUCAAGCAAUGAGAACAACGGAACGCCUCCGCCGUCAAUAUUUCUUGAGAAGAGGUCGUCUUCGAUGGAGAGCCUUAUGCAACAAAUACAGGCCGCAGAGGCCGCUAAUAAACCAUGUUUUAGAAGUUUAUCUCUUCAGAGAUAUAUGGCGUCACUGCCAACCGAUCAGACAUAUAAUAAUAUACCACAUCAAAGGAUGAGUUCGUUUAAUGAGAACGACCAGACAAUUGUCAUUAGACGAGCUAAAAGACCUCAGAGGACAUCAAAUAUAUUUACUAAUAAUGUGGGCAACAAUUCAAACGGUCAACAACUUUAUGGUCGCGAAACAAACUUAAGAAUGACUUCAUUUACAGAAAACAAUGAUUACAUGAAAUUUCAUUCAAUGCCAGCUCAGCCUAAAAUGGUUGCCAUACCAUCCGUACCUACGAGUCAGACACCAUUUAGUAAUAACGAAUAUUCUCGACAAACAUUUAAUGAUUUCAAGCCAUACAUUGCAAACCAGAAUCUGUACUCUCAUGUGAUUACAGGCACACAGAAACCGGUUGUUAGUAUAGCUCCGCAAGUGAUGUCUACCAAUGGAAACUCCAAUUUCCUGCAACAAAGUCAGCAACAGAGAGAACCAACCAAUUAUUCAUUCAUCAGCAGUCAUACCAAUCCUAUUGAAUCAGUACUUCCAAUGCCAUCGACGUGAUUGCCUACAGAUAAGAUUAUAACCGAUUUAUAGUAAAAGUUCAUCAAAAAUAAUGUAAUACAACUGUCACACUGAGC